AUACAUAUAGUAGAGAGAGGAUAGGAAUCGCUGAAAAGUCGCAGCGGGGAACAACUUCUCUUCCUCUCUCUUUGUGUGAAAAUAGAGAGAGAAGCAAGUCUUCAAUCUCUUUAGAGAGAGAAGAUUAGAACAUUUCUCUGUUUGUUUCACAGGCAGAAAUACACAGAGAGACAGAAAUGGAUCAGAUUAUGAACAAGGUCGGAUCGUACUGGUUCAGUAAUAAAGCCAACAAGGAACUCAAUUCCGUCGGCGAUGAUUUCAAUUCCUUGUCAAACAGUAUUGAAGGAGGAAGCAAGUGGUUGGUUAACAAAAUCAAAGGGAAAAUGCAGAAGGCAUUGCCAGAGUUAUUAAAGGAGUACGACAUGGCAGUAGGUAUCUUCCCCCGUGAUGCUACCAACUAUGAAUUUAAUGCAGAGACCGGAAAGCUUACGGUUUUCAUACCCUCAAUUUGUGAAGUGGGGUACAAGGACUCAUCAGUCUUGCGUUUUUCCACCACUGUAACUGGCUAUCUGGAGAAAGGAAAGCUAGCUGAUAUAGAGGGAAUCAAAACGAAGGUGAUGAUUUGGGUGAAAGUGACCUCCAUAUCAUCUGAAGGAUCAAAGCUUCAAUUUGCUGCUGGGUUGAAGAAAAGUAGAAGUAGGGAGGCUUAUGAGGUUCUUAGAGAUGGAUUUACGGUUGAUAAGUUCUGAAUGGUCGAAAUGGCUUGCUUGAUUAUAUUGUUAUAAGCAGUAGCUAACUGACUUUUAAGAUCUUCUGGACCCUUUGUGCUUCCUGUAGUUAUGAUUCUUGUAUUUUAAAAAUUGGUGUUCCAUAUGGUAUUCUCAAGUUGCCUGGAUUAUUUGUAUUUUAUAUUAACAUUGUCUUAA